AUGGGUGACGAGUUCGAAUACUUGGACCCGUUCGAUGUUGUGGGCAAUCUGCCGCCGACAUUCUACAAUGAGGAAGGCGGUGUGAACAGCAAGAAGUGGCAGGAACGAAAAGACGCUUUAGAGGCACUUUUGAAGCUCAUCUCCGACAAUCCGAAGCUCGACCCAAAGGCCAACUACGGAGAAUUGAUUAGCACACUGAACAGGUUACUUGGCAAAGAUGCGAACGUUAAUGUGAAUGCAGUAGCGGCAAAAUGUCUUGCAGGAGUCGCUUAUGGACUACGUACCAAAUUUGGACCACACGCUUCAACGGUGUUGCCAACUGUGCUUGACAAGCUGAAAGAGAAAAAACCGCAGCUUCGAGAGCCGGCUGUUGAUUGCUUGGAUAAAGUUGCAUUUACGGUAACUUCACUCGAUUCACUCCAAGAUGCCUUAGUUGGUGGAUUAGAGAACAAGAAUCCGCAAAUCAAAGCACAAACAGCAGCCUUCUUCUAUCGUGCCUUCAAGAAAUACUCUGAUAAAACCGGGAAAGCUACACUUAAAGCUGUUGCGCCAAUACUCGUAAAGAACACUUCGGACGCGGAUGUUGAGGUCCGUUCAGCAUCUAUCGAAGCUUUGGGAUCAAUGCUUCGAGCAACAGGCCCCGGGGGAAAUGCCUUAGUCAAAGAAAUUGCAGACGAUAAAGCCCGAAUGGACAAAGUCCAAGCAGCUCUAGAGCAAGCAAAAGCUGAAGUCGCGGAAGAACAGGCUCAAGCACCCCAAGCUGCAGCUCCAUCAACUGUCAAGAAUACUCAAGACGAAGAGCCGACAUCUACUUCGGUGGCUUCAGCCCGUGCAGCUCCUACAGCUUCUGCUGUUGAAGCCGAUCCUUUUGAUUUUCUCGAUCCAUUUGACGUUGUGUCGAAACUACCAGCUACAUUUUAUAACGAAGAAGGUGGUGUUAUGAGUAAGAAAUGGCAAGAAAGAAAGGAGUCGCUUGAGGCUCUACUUAAACUCAUGACAGACAACCCAAAGCUGGAUCCAAAAGCCAACUAUGGAGAGCUGAUUGGAACUUUGAACAAGCUACUUGGAAAGGAUGCAAAUAUUAAUGUGGCAGCUCUUGCGGCGAAAUGUCUUGGUGGUGUCGCUUUUGGUUUGAGGAAGAAGUUUGGUCCGCAUGCUUCAGGGUUACUACCAACGAUCUUGGAAAAGUUCAAGGAAAAGAAGCCACUGCUAAGAGAUCCACUUGUUGAAUGCAUUGAUCGUGUUGGAGCUACGGUUGAUUUCGAAGCGUUGGAAGAGGGAUUAGUACAAGGCUUAGAAAACAAAAAUCCACAGAUCAAGGCUCAAACCGACUGUUUCGUUGAGCGAUAUUUGCGCAGAUCAACUCCGCAGACAAUGUCGAAGAAAAUCAAAGGCAUUUGUGCACAUUUUGUCAAACAUACUGGAGAUCCCGAUGUUGAGGUGCGUGAAGCUGCUUACAAUACACUUGGUGCCAUUCAACGGAUUGUCGGAGAAAAAGUAGUUGCAAAUUGGUGUGGAGAAGUUGCUGAUGAUAAGAUGAAAAUGACAAAGAUCAAUGAAGCCUGUCAAAAGCUGCUGGGUGAAAUUGGACCAUGUGUGACAGCAGCUCCUGCUCCCUCUGCAUCCGCGGCUCCUCCUCAAAAGAAACCGGAAGAAAAGAAGUCUGCUGCCCCUGGAAAACCUGGACAACCAGCCCAACGUCCACCUUCAAGACCAAAUUCACGACGACCAAGCCCCGAGCCCGAAGAUGAGUCUCGUCCAACUACGGCAAGAAAGGCUCCCGUGGCCGGAAAGGCAAAUGAUGCUCAAAAAGAAAAGGAUACUGGCCCUGUGGAGAUCCUAAAAGGAAAUGGAGAUAAAGCUCAACGGCUUAAGGACGAAGCAGCACUUCGGAUCUUAAAGUGGAACUUCACCACACCAACAGAUGAGCACAUCGAACAAUUGAGCGGUCUCAUAAGUCAAUAUGCUGUGUCGUCACUGCAAGGAAUGCUCUUCAACAAGGAUUUCAAGAUGCACAUUAAAGCUUGCGAAGAAAUUAUGAAGCUUGCUGAUGGAAAUCCAGAGGCGGUGGUCAACAACUCGGAUCUUUUGCUCAAGUGGUGUACGCUUCGUUUCUUUGAGACGAAUCCGAGUGCUCUAAUCAAGGUUCUCGAACUUGCACUGCGUGUUCUCCGUGAAUGUGAAAGAUUCGAAGAGCCAUUUUCCAACACUGAAGUUGCCGCUUUCCUUCCGUAUUUGCUCGCAAAACUCGGAGAUCCAAAAGACCAUAUUCGGGGGGUCAUCAAAGAUAUCGUUGAUUCGAUGACUUCGAUGUGCGGUCCAGUAAAAUUAACACCGUCACUUCUUGAGGGACUGAAGACGAAAAAUGCUAGGCAGCGGAGCGAGAUCUUGCGCAUACUUUCGGAAUACAUUGACGGAGGAGCUCUUACCCAAAUGAAGCCUUUGGGAGCCCUCAAGGCUAUUGCUCCAUGUGUAGCUGAUGCCGACAAAAACGUCCGCGAAGCCGCCAUAGUUGGAAUGGUUUCAGCUUAUAGAUGUGAGGGAGAUAGCGCUCUGAAGGCUGCUGGAAAAAUCGCCGACAAAGAGAUGGCAAUGAUACAAGAGCGAAUCAAGCGAAUGAAAAUUGUACCCGGUCAAGGACUUCCUUCAACACCGGCCGGAGGUGCAAGGAUUGUCAAAGCAGAACCUGUCGUUCGAGGACGAGCACCCACCAGAGAACAGUCGCCUGGGCCGCAGAGUGCAAAAAGAUCACAGUCAAACAGCACAAUAUUGAGACAGCCAUUACGCAAGAAACAACUGCAAGCGUUGUCAAAUCAUUGUUCACCCGAGCGCAGAGAGAUUUUGCAAAAGACGUUAACUAUUUAUUCAAGCGAAGCACACGAAACACCAAAAGCAAAGCAACUGGUUAACGAAUUCAACUACGAUGGAAUGAAGACGGUAGCCCGGCCACGAAAUCCAGCUGCUCCGACUGUCAAUCAAAAGGGUGCUCGAUUUGGCCUCGAUGGUGAUUUCUUGGAGGAUCCAUAUAGAGCUGUUCGAGAAGAACGAAUGCAUCGAAUCAUGAGCGCAACAGCUGCAAUCGCUAAUUUGGAGAAUUCUCUCAUUCAGCCAACCGAAAUGCAAUUUGCAAGAGACAUGAAACGUACGACCUCUCAAUCAUCGAUUGCGUCUUCCGUCGAAACGCUGGAGCAACUUGACAAAACGAUCAAUGACGUGGGCAGCAGUAACUCCAACAUUGCCAAUGAUGCUAUCGCUCAGCUAAUAUUCGUCGCUCAAUCGCCAGAACAGCUUCCACUUCUGCAUGAAAGGGUGGACACGCUUCUCCAAAUGUGCGCUUUGCAAAUCGAGUCCUCGAUGGCCACAGCACCAUAUUCUUCGUUGGACAAGGCUAGCGAGCUGAUUAGGAAUGUAUUCAACUUGAUUCAGAAGAUAUACAUCUCCGAAGAAUGUCCAGCUGAUCGACAUCCACUUGCGUCUCUUUCAACGGCUGUGUGCGAGUCCCUUCUCAAACAAUUGAUCGUCACUGUCUCCUCGCCGACCUUAGCAGCAUUGGAUGAUUUUCCGACGAUUGGACGAACAGCAAACAUAAUCGUCAUUCGUCUCGUAAAUUUGUGUCGUCCGUCGGUUUUGUUUGAAGCUUUGGCACACAAUAUGAUGAAUUCGGGGCCAAGUAGCAACGAAUGGACCAUGCUCCUUAGGAUUUUCAAUCGUUUGGCUCAAAACUGCGGCAACAUCAAUUUUGUGGCAAGGACUGACCUGAGACAAUUCUUUAUUGCUGCAAGCGAGUUCUGUGGAUAUCUCGAGAAACAAGCAGGCGGUACGAAUAGUGCGGUGGUGAAUGAAACACUCGACAAUUUGAAUUCUUCUAUCGAAAAAGUGGUUCACGCCUUCAGAGAGCAAGCGCUCGACAUCUUGCGGCGAAUUCCGAGGCCACAUGCAAAGAUCAUCGAGAAAGUGAACACCAGCAUGGCUCAGGUCAAAGACACGGCUAAACCGGAAUUCCCCAACAACUUACCAGGACAGGUUGAUUCACCAACAGGAGAGUUUUCACUUGAAAAAUUCUGGUCACUUCUACAUUCCGUGUCUAUUGACUUCACGAAGAUGUCCCGAACAAUUCCUCCAUUGGCCGAUUACUACAAACAAUACCCAUCACGUGUGCCAAUCAUGGAGCAAAAGUUGAUCAGAUAUCUCUACGGGACGCUCAUUAGUCACAACAUUCGGCUUUACAACGAGAAGGGAGAUCGGAUCGUCUGGCCCGAUGAGACUAUACUGGAACAAUUAAACAAAUCAAGAGAUGUGCUCCUCUCGACAAUGGGCGAAACGGUGUGGGGUGAACGGAAAAAUCCAUUGUGGAGAGGCUCAAACUCGCAGGCGAACGGACACGAUCUCCACAUGAUUUCUAGCACAAUGAGUGAUCUUCCAUCCGUACACGCGCAAAACAACGAAAACCGAAUUCCAUCACCGAUUGAGCCGGUUAGACAGCCAGCCAAGAAGCCGCCACGUCGAUCUCAGUUGAACAGGGACGAAUUGGAGAAUCUUCGGGCCCGUCUCGAUGCUGUCACCGGAAAU